ACUUCACGUCAUCAGAGUUAUGCAAUCUCGAUGGAAGCAACGAUAUCACGGUAACUGAUAAAAGCGUCGGACUCUUUCAACUUGAAAUUCCAACUCAAUGCAAUAAAUUAACCCGAAAACUCACAUGAGUUUGACAUAGGUGAAAAGACAGAGCUGGGAAUCCAACAUGUUCUUGCCGAUUUGGAUCAUUUUCAUUUUGGGAUAUCCUAUCACAGUCAGGGCCACGAACCCAUCUUUGUCCGAGAGUUUCUACAAUGGUUGCGGUGAAACGAAAGGUUGCAUCGGAUCAACGGAAGGAUGUGUCGAAGAAGAAUCGUGUACAGUUGCCAUGUCAUACAUGGGAGUAUCCAAGGACAGUUAUAUGAUCGAAAUUUAUGGCGAAAGGUUGGAACAAAGCUCCUUGACAUUCUUGGGGGUUGGCCUCUCACUUGAUCAAGCAAUGAAGGACGACAGCAUAAUGGCGUGCUCAUUUCCAGAGGAUGACGCCAAUCCUCGGAUGGAAAUGUAUUUGGCUUGGAGGCAAUCUCCCCGGCCAGUCACUGCCGAUCGAUUAGAAAACCCUACUUUGGGAAUCACGGCCAUUGAGGGAAUCGUUCAGGACGGAUGGUUCAUGUGCUCCUUCAAAAGAGAGGCAAAUUUGGAAAUUCCUCAAUUUGGUGAGGGCAAGCCUCAUCUGAAUUUCGAUUUGAACUCUGAGCUUUAUCAUAUUUUGUUCGCUCGGGGAGAGGUGGAUCCAGAGAAGGAGUUUGUUAUUAAGAAACAUCAGAAAGAAAACCGAAUGGUGACCCCCACUGCGAUUAACUUGGGCGAGUUCAACCCAUUCACAGAAACGAAUCAGUUUUAUUUUGAUUGCUUUCAAACCAAAGGUUGCUUUGGAUUUCCUGAAGGCUGUGUGGAACGAAAAAAUUGCGACAUGGCAUUCAGUUACAGUGGCUGGAGUGAAGGCCAGUAUUCCGUGGAAAUGAUGACUGUCCAUCCGGAAGAAUACGUGGCCGUGGCAUUUUCUGAGGAUAACAUCAUGGGCGAUGAUAGUGCCUUAGUUUGCGUUGCAGACAGGAAAGUCAUUGAAAGGAAUUGGAAUAAAUUCCACGGCUCAAAAAUAUUAGAGAGGCCACAGCAAGAUAUCACUGGAAUCUCCGUCUCCGAGGUCGAUGGAGUCGUGCUCUGUACGGCUCAAAUUCAAUCUCAAUCAACCAUUUCAUCUCCAUUUGAGGAAGGGACUUCCAGCAUUAACGUGGAUCUCAAUCAAAUAUCUUACUACAUCCAAAUGGCCAAGGGCCCUUACAUAGAGGACGAGAUCCAGCAUCAUUCGAAUAAGACAGUAUCGGACGCUCCCAUCAAUCUAGCUGAUUUCAACAAUUAUUUUGGAGCAAGUGAGGUCUAUGACGGUUGCUUUGAAGACGGUAAAGGUUGCUUUGGAAUUCCGUUGAAUUGCGAGGACACAAAAAGCUGCGAAGUUCUUUUUACCUAUGAGAGUAACGAUCGAGAAGAAUUUGACAUGACCGUCAGUGGAAAGAUCGAUGGAGAUCAAUACUUAGCUGCAGCAAUUUCUGUGGGAAAUAAAAUGGGAGACAACAACGCCAUGAUUUGUUACGCAUCCAAUGACAAGGUGGACGUUAUGAACUCAUGGAAUACUAAGAAUCCUUACAGUAACGUCCCUCUUGAAGACACACAUCUAGGAUUGAGCCAAAUCACUGGAACCUUGGAUGAUGGCUACCUGACUUGUAAAUUCAAGCGGAAAUCAAACUUGGACAUUCCUGUUCCUAGCGGGGAGGGCAAUAAAAUCAAUUUCAAUUUGGCCACAGAAAAGUACUUCUUAAUGUUGGCCAAGGGUAGUUACACAACCAGCACUGGCUCCAUUACCAUUGAAGAGCACGACAUGAAAGAUAAAUCAGCAGAGCUUAUAGACCUCACUGAGGGCAACCGAGUAAAAGGAGGUUCCAAGCUCCUCAUCAAACUUCACGGUUCUCUGAUGGUCUUGGCAUGGAUCUUUCUGGCCAGCGUGGGCACGUUCACGGCCCGAUAUUGCAAAAAGGACUUCGGCGACAAGAAAGUACUUGGCAAAGACUUGUGGUUUCCCAUUCAUCAAGUAUUCAUGACUUCCACGUGGGUUAUAGGAAUCAGCGCUGUGGUCAUCAUAUUUGUGGAGAGCGGUGUCAGUCCCUUGGGAGCUGAGCAGAUCAAGGCUAAUCCACAUGGUCUCAUUGGGUUGCUUGCAACCAUUCUCAUGUUUAUCCAGCCCUUCAUGGCUCUUCUCAGGUGCGGUCCAACUCAUCAAAAGAGAAUCAUUUUCAAUAUAGCGCAUUCGUUGGUCGGGUUCUCUGCGUUAGGAUUGGCCUUUGCCGCGAUUGUCCUCACCACAGUCGACUCUUUCACCAAAAUCAAUUUGCAAUAUGGAGUUCAAAUUGCCUGCAUUGUAUUUCUGUGCUACUUUGGAGUGGCACAUAUUCUCAUGAACAUUCGACUAUUUGCCAAAAGGGAAGAGCAAUGGAGAUAUAAAGCCUUGCCUUUUUAUAUAUUCUUAGUAGGAUGCCUGGUGUUGACGAUCACGAUCAUUUCGUUAAUUUGUCUGUCUUAGAUAAAGAAGCAAUAGAUCAUAUACCAUGAUGAAAAUAUAUUUUUGCAUAAUCAUUAAUAGCACUAA